CCUCUUAGGAAACUUCACCUAUUCUAAUAUCUUUUCCAAGAUCAUUUCUUUCCCUGAUUGAAACACGAGAUGAAUCAUCUUAAGUAGUUUCAUCGGCAGACUUUACAUAUCAUAAUUUAGUCGCGGUGCAAAUUAAUUCCAGAUUCAACUGGAUCACGCUCAGUCAAUUGAAACAGUCUUCGAGUUGGACUAGCAAAACAAUUAAUGGCAAUUGAUUGAGAUCCAAAUUUAGUCGUGCACCAAACAGUGAUCGGCGUUCUUGAUCGUUCAGAAGUGGCUUAUUUUUAGUUAAGGAAUCAGAACACUCAACCUGUCCUACAAUAAAUUCCAUGUUCGUGGACAUUGGGCGUCACUUCGAGGUGUAUAUCGCAGAGGGAACAACCAAGCUGAGUAGCAGCGAUGGAGGUCGUUGAAAGGAAGGGAUCAGUUACCAAAUCAAAGGGAGUAUCCAUGGACGAAGCCCUGGCACUGGCAGGUUUCGGUCCAUGCAACGUGGUCCUGAUCUUGGUGUCGGGAACCGUCCUCGCCUCUUUUCUGUUGGAAAUCCUCGGCGUUAGCUACAUCAUCCCGGUUAUCGGGCAGGACUUGGAUGUGACCACCAAGGAGAAAGGCGUCCUCAGUGCGGUUGGUUUCGCGGGGGUCAUCGUCAGUUCGCAUCUGUGGGGUUUUCUGGCGGAUACGCAUGGUCGACGCAAGAUCAUUAUCCCGGCGUUGCUUAUCUCGUUCGUUAUCAGCGUGAUAUCGAGCUUUACGGCGAACUUCUGGGUCAUCGUUUUCCUGCGAUUCAUGGUUGGAUUUUUCGUUUCCGGACCAUCUUCAGCCACUUACGCCUACCUGGGCGAGUUUCACAACCGCAAAAAUGCAUCCCGAGCUAUCAUGGGAGCUUCCGUUGUAUUCGGAACAGGAGGCAUUCUAUUGCCGGGACUGGCCUACAUCGUGAUCAAUCAGGGUUGGCAGCUACCCAUCCCUCUACUGGGCAUUAUCUACCGACCAUGGCGACUGUAUUUCAUCGUGUGCAGUCUACCAGGCUUGAUAAGUGCCAUGAUUCUGCUCAGAUUUCCAGAAAGCCCUAAGUUCACCUUCAGCCAAGGUAACACAAGACAAGCGAUUGAGGCCAUUCAAUGGGUUCACCGAUUCAACGCCUGCUGUAGAAGCAAGACCCCACUUCACAUCGAAUCCAUCGAGGAAGACGAAGAAGAUCGACUGGAACGUGAGAAGCGAGCUGUCCUAAGGAACACCAAAGGCUGUCUAGCCCUCAUGAAGUUGGUGUGGAACCAGACGGCUCCGCUGUUCAUGAGUCCUCAUCUACGGAAGACGGCAAUCGUGUGUAUCCUUCAGUUCGGCACUUACCUGGCGGCGCACGGAAUGUUCAUGUUCUUCCCGGAGAUCGUCAAUCAGUUGGUGCUGGUGAGGGAAACCGGAGUUGGGGCGGCCACCAUGUGCCAGAUCCUGGAGCAGUACGGGAACUUCAGUGCCGUCGAAGAGGUCGGCGAAGGUAGCCAAAUGAUGGCACCGGCUGCCUUUCAGCUGUCUUUCAUUUUGGAGUUGAUCUACGCCGUGGGGUUUGCGGUUAUCGGGGUUACUAUCAACGCGGUAGGACGAUUGCCGCUUUUGGUUUUCAUUUUUGAGACCUGCGGAGUUGCGGGAUUGUUGUUGUUCGUCGUAAAAGUACCAACAGCGGUCAUUUGGCUGUAUAUUGUGUUUUUGUGCAGUGGUUAUACGGCAGUUAUGGUCAAUGCGAUCAUCGUGGAUCUAUAUCCAACGAGUUUGAGGGCAAUGGCCGUUUGCAUAGCGCUGAUGGUCGGUCGCUUGGGAAGCGUGGUUGGAUCCAAUAUGCUAGGGAUCCUGCUGGAGGAAUACUGCGAGCUGACAUUCGGCAUUGCUUCGGUACUGUUGAUCAUCUGCGGAGUGUUGGCCUUCUUCAUUCCGAACAUCAGCCAACGAGUGCUAUCCAAGACGCCGUCCGAUGGAGACGAUUCAUAAUCUCAAACUUAUAUAUUUCAUAAAGAUGUUUUUUGGUAAACAGA